CGCUCCGCUUCCUGUUGACAAGGGGGCGGAGCGGGGGUUCUGUGAUCGGGCCCGGAGAGGGCUGCUCGACUGCCGAGCUCCGUGACGGUACCGUGUUUACAACGCUAUGUGUGACGGCUUUGAUAGAGCCCCGGGAGGCGGCAGAGGCAGAGGUCGCGGCGUAGGGACAGGCAGAGGACGCGGGCGAGAAGGCGACACACCGCCCGGUUUCCGGGGCCAGAACAACGGAGUGGAAUCCAUCACCUCAGCGCAGAGGGCGGGAGGACCCCAGCAACAAGAGCCGCUACGGCCGCCCCUCAGCAUUCCCCCCCUGGGAAGCAUCACUACUGCAGCCCAAAUAAAUCAGAAAAAGGUUCAGAUAUCUGUAGAGACCAGCCACAUGGCCGUGUAUAAGGGUCAGCCUCCAGAUUCCAGCACCGUGAACUCCAAACUGUCUGCAAAUGCAGCCGAGUUUUAUCCCUCCGGAUAUUUUGCAGAUGGCAAUUCCUAUGAGGAGAAUAAUGUGGGAGAUUCGGCUGUCCUAAACAUCACGUUGGCAAGCUAUGUCCAGGACAUACUCAACCAUUUAACUGAAGAGCCGGGUAGCUUUGAGGCUGAGAUCGGCCAGUUUACAGAUGUACUGAAUGGCUGGGUCACCACAGAAGAAUCCUUAAAGGAACUUGUGGAACUUAUCUAUGGGCAGGCAACUUCAGUCCCCAAUUUCUCCUAUACUGGGGCGCGAUUGUGUAAUCACUUGACAAGUAAUCUUCAGAUAAACUCUCAGAACUGGAACUUCAGGCAGUUGCUCCUUAAGAGGUGUCAGACAGAAUUUGAUAAAAGACAUCAGGCAGCAAAAGAAGAUGAAGCCACAAGAAAGCGCUUUCAUGCCUUUGUAUUGUUCUUGGGUGAACUUUAUCUUAACCUGGAGAUAAAAGGUGCAAAGGGCCAAGUGACUCGAGCCCAGAUCCUGCAGAGCGGCCUCAAGGAGCUGCUGGAUGCUUUAUUCUCCAAUCCUGUAGAUGAUAAUCUCAUCUGUGCUGUGAAACUACUGAAGUUAACUGGAUCUGUUCUAGAAGAUGCAUGGAAAGAGAAGGGGACCUUUCACAUGGACGAUGUGAUCCAGAGAAUGAAGAACGUGGUUCUGGAUUCAGACCGUAGCAGAGACGUAAGACAGAUGCUGCUGAAGUUAGUAGAACUUCGAUCCAGUAAUUGGGGGAGGGUUCAUUCUACUUUGACUUUCAAGGAAGCCACGCCUGAAAAUGACCCCAAUUACUUCAUGAAUGAGCCCACCUUUUACACCUCUGAGGGUAUUCCCUUCACUGCUGCAGACCCAGAGUAUCAAGAAAAGUACCAGGAAAUGCUGGACAGAGAAGACUUUUUCUGUGAAGACACUGGGACAGACUUGUCCGCUUCUGGAGAUGCGUUCCUCGAUGAUUUUGGCGAUGAUGAAAUGGACCCUGAGAUGCAAGAAGCUUAUGAAAAGUUCUGCUUGGAGUCAGAACACAAGCGAACGCAGUGAAUACAUGGACAUGGUUCAGUACGCUGUUUAGCACACGGGGCAGACGUAUCAUUCUUGCACCAAUAUUAUUACGUUCAAGAUUAUCUCAGAUCUAGAAAUUUAUGCAAACUCUUUUGUUUAAGUGAAUGCCAAAAAAUGUGUACGCGGAUACCCAGUAAGUUAUAUCGACAUUUGUGUAAAUAUUCUAGUUUCAUUUCUGUUCAGUUAAAGGAACAGUGGUUUUUUUGUUUUCUUUUUGGCUGCAUUAAAAAAAGAAAAAGGAAAAAAUAUCCAAUCUAACGGCACAUUGUUGUGAUAAAACCGUUCCUAACUCGGUAGGCCCAUCCUUUAACCUGAAGGAUGUAGUAGGUCGUCUGGCCAGGUAAUGUGCAUGGCUUUUUUGUGGGUUAGAGCCUAUUAAAACAAAUCCCAGUAUUCCUCAAUGAACCCCCAGCUCAGCCUGACUAAUUUAUUUCUUGAAGGUUUUCAGCGAUGUUUUUCUGUACUUGACAUAGAAACUUGACAAAUAAAAAGCAAUUUAUUUUACCAUAAUUACUCUGUACGUUAAGGAUGUUCAUCCACUUGUGCUCUGUGUUCACCGUAGGGGGGAAAAUCUGAUAGCCAAGAGAUGGUAGAAAGGGUUGGGGCUGUUUUUGGGGCGAUGUAAGUAGUCUAUUAAAGGGAAAUUUUAAUCUUCAUUUUUUUUCAUGUCGUAUAGAGCCGCACCACUACUGAAAUAUACAAUUCCAGGCAGGCACAAAUCCACAUGCAGCUUUUCUUGCAGUUGGAACAUGUAAGGGGUCAUGCUCCUUUUGAGAACCUUGUGUUGGUACUUCAUGGUACAAUCACAGAAACUUUUGGAACAGGAUUAUUUUUUUAUCCUUUUCAGUGUAAUAUCUGGUUGUUGCGGCUCCCAAAAUGCAGAAAGACGAAAAUACUGAUGAUUGGUUUGUUAGCGUUUGGAGUCAGAAUUAAGCCUGUCGGUAGCUUCCCAGGAGAAUGCCAUUUCUAGGUUUAUGUGUUCCUUUUUCAGGCAGAAAAUAGCAAGCCACGUGCUCUUAACAUUCAUUACCUUUAAAAACCCUUUGCCAUAGACCCUGUUAGGUAUUUCUGAGUUAGUUGAUGGGGGUCCUCUCUCGAGGAUCCUCAUGCUUUACCCACAGGGUGAGCAGCUAUAAAGAGCACCUCUCACUCUGGAGGUCCUGUCCUGCUUUACAUAGAUAAUCCACUGGUGUAAUGCUUUAUUCCUACCAUGGUGAGGGAAACGAAACACUUCCAGGUUACCCCACAGAUUACAGCUGACCCUCGGGAUGCCAAAAACGGGACACUUUGUGAUCAAAUUGCUGUCAGGGGACAUGUUUAACAAGUAAGGAUUGUCCAAGUCAGAGAACCCCGUUAACGUUCAUUUCUGGGUAGGAGCUAAUUUAUUAAUGGGUUUACGCUACUCUUAUGGCAUAGAAAAGCGACAAAUUGUGGCGCUUGCCAUACUUGCGCCUUCUUUUGCAACUUGGCAAAUGGCAAAAAAAAAAAGUUGGUGGGGUUUAGUGAGACCGGGCAGGGUCUCUGCAGACUGACAGAUUUACUAUUCGUUACGCCAGAGAAUUCUGCAGAUUAUCGUUCAUAUCUUGCAUAGCAGAUGUAGAUUUGGCGCAGUCUUAAUUAAUUCCACCCCCCAACCUAAAAUCUAUGCACAGAGGAUAAGGUGGUUCUCAGGGAGGAAGCUAUAUUCAUGAGGAUACAGCCAACCUCUUUAUUAGGUACCAGUGACAUCACUGCUCCAUAGUUCCUGCUGAAAUCUGUCAUAUGUACUAGUAAAGACUGGUUUUAAAGGGGUAUUACAGUUUCAGCAAAUUCUUCUUAUAUUAAAGGGGGUUUCCAAGGUUUUAAAAACUGAUGACCUAUCCUCUGGAUUGGUCAUCAGUAUCAGAUCGGUCAGGGUCUGACACCCGGGACCCCUGCGGAUUGGAGAGCAGUAGCGCCACGGCCUUCCCUCAGCUUUUCCUAGGCCAUGUGAUGUGGCGUUCAUCAGUCACACGGCUUGGGCGCAGCUCAGCCCCACCAUUGAGUGCAAUACCAAGUACGGCCGCAAUACAGUGUACAGCGCUGAGCUUGGUAAGCUGCAAGAAGGCUGCGGCGCUCACAGGAGCGUUGGCGGGGGUCCCGGGUGUCAGACCCCACCGUUCAGAUACUGAUGACCUAUCCUGAGGAUGAACAGUAUUAAAGUCUUGGAAAAACCUUUUAAUUCUUCACGGCUUUCAAGAUCUCUACUUGCUGUCAUUCAGUAGGAAUUUUCAUUGAUUACUUUCAGUAGUCCUGGGCAUGUGAUGGAUGCAGGGUUACACUGUGCACUUGUGUCCAUCACAUAACCAGGACAGAUUUUAUCCCCCAAAGGUAAAUUAUUAAGGCUCUUACGGAAUGACAGCCAGCAGGGAUCUUGAAAACCAUAAGGAAUUGAUACAGGGGGCAAAAUAAUCUGACCCUUCAGUAUGAAAAGUGAAACUCAGUCACUGCAGAAUCUUCAUUGUGCCAUUAGAUACGUCCGUCCUUUUCAGGCCCGUGUACGAACCUUUCCAUAUUUUAGCUUGUACAAUUAGCGUCUGUCACCAGGUACAUCACCGGCUCCGGUUAGCUGCUGAGUGCCGGCGUAUUUGCAAUGUUGCAACAUAAUGGGGCUGAUUUUAUCAAAGCUUUUAGGGCGUAAAAAAAAAUAUUGUAAAUUAUGGUGCACGCCAUAGUGGUGAGAAAAUGGGGCCGAGGCGGAAGGGGCGACCUGCCAGAUUUUCUAUAAUUUAUGCCAGAAAUGGUGUAACUUCUAGCUGAAAUCAAUACCGGCUCAUAGCGUCUAGGAAACUGGCUGAGGAAUCUGCCCUAUUGUUUUCAGCCGGCUACAGUUUGAGACUGUAAUGGCUUCCAAACGUCACACAAUCAAGCUACAGAAGAUAUUGUGUAGCCAUUGCCUUAAAGAGGGUGCAUUAAGUUUUUCAAAAAACAGUGCCACUUUUGACCAUAGGUGGAGUCUGGUACUGCAGCUCACAUCUGUUCAGGGCUGUGCUCCAGUGCCUGAUACAUCCCUUUUGGACAAGAGUGCGGCUGUCCCAGGUCAACAAGGCAGAGCCUAUUGGAUCGGGACAAAAUUUUGUAUUAACUGAAGUGGUGCCAACAUCACAGAUGCUCAUCAGAUCAGGUCAUUGCUUGAAUAUGUGUCUGAAAAGUUUAGGAAGCUGAGCUCUGUCACAAGAGGCAGGUGGAUCUACCAGAUUGGUGGCAGGAUCUUGUACUCCUUCCAGAUAGUAUUACAGGCUCUGAGUCUGACAGAUAAAUGUGUGAAUUUUUUUUAAUGUUUUUCAAUUGUAUCUCAAGCCAUGAACCUUAAUUUCCCUUAGGCAGAGACUGUCUACCCCGUGUACUUAGUGCCGGCCUGGAUUGUAUAGAGCACGUCACUUGUCUUGUACAUUCAUUGCUGUGUCUUAUUUAUCUUUCUUUUUCGGGUUUUUUCCUUGUACAAAUAUAGUAAAUAAAAGAUUUUACAUGA